AUGUCCCAGACCGCCAAAGGAACAGUCUCGUCCCAGGGCCAAAACCGAUUCAUCGCCAGAUUCGUUAUGCCCAAUGGCCAAGUGCGCACCUACAACGCUUCUGUCAAUCCUCCCAUUACCAACAUGACAAUCAACACCGCGACGCUGACCUGGAGCGACGACGAUCAGUUGGUCGGCGCGGACAGCUACGAGGGCACGGUCGGGACUGACCUCAACAUCACGCUCGGCAAAGGGCCCACCAUCAAGGGGACGCUCCAACAGCCCGUCAAUCCCACUCAGGCCAUUGUCGGCAAUGGCGACUGGGCCAUGACGAUGUAA